AUGGCGGGAGACGGCAGCGAAAAGAAGAGAAAGAGGGCCGAGGAUGGCUCCUCCAAGUCCAGAAAGAAGGUCAACAUUCAGACACCGGCGCCCUCGCAACCCCAGACCAUCAAGGUCGCGUCCGUCAAGUCGGUUCGAACGUGCCCGCCGGUGAUAGCUACAUCGCCUGGCCUGUCUUUGCCCGAGUCCGUUCAGUUCCAGGUCUACUCGAAGCUCGAACCAUCAAACGCGAAGCGAAGCAAGAAGUCUGCGCCGCCGCCUGCCAGUCUGGCACUACACUCCUCCUCGCACAGGACCCUAGACUACACAGUAAAGGAAGAUGGGCCGGCUGCCCGGGAAUCCCACCUGAAGCACUACAUCGGUGUGUUCGACCCCAAGACGGGCCAGUUGUCUGUCAUGGAGGCCAAGAAGAUGGCCGUGAGGGGUGUCGUUCGUUCACAGAAGCCACCUGAGGACAGCCCAGCCGACCGAGCUCUCUCAAAGACCAUGAUGGAGCUACGAAACGACUUGGGCGAGGCGUUCGGAACGAAGAAGGCACGGAAGGCCAUUGCUGCGAUCACGGAGAACGCAAUUGCCCCCGAAAAGGCCAUUGCCGAUGCGGGCGGAAGCCCCCGAAAGCUCGACGCUUCUGCGCACGCCAUGAUGCAGUCGAUAGAAGAGGUCACCCAGAGCAUGGCCACCAGAGAGGAACUACAGGCCGCUGUCGACCAAGCCAAGCCCGUACCGCCGGGAAAUUUCGACGCUACAGAGAUCCAGGACGUUUACAGGCCUGAGCAGAUGAUUGGCACCGAUAUCCUAAGCUCCAUUCCCAUCAAGGACUGGCAAGACUCGGCAAAGAAACAGGUGCCUCUUGCUCUUCCCUACCAGUUCAUCUCGAUGAACAUGUAUGCGAUCGCCUCAGGGCCCCAAUCAGUUCAACGACUAAGGGUACUCCGCUACCUAAACUACCUGGUGAUAUUCCUCAAGAGCGCCAAGCCAGGCAGGGAAAGAGGCGUUCUGCGAGUCCCACAGAAGAGUUCAUUACAUGAGAAGAUGGAGGGCGCACCCACACCGGUCGUGGAGAGCAUACGGAGGAAAUUCUCUCACAAUGGUGAGAUGAGAAAGCAUCACAAGGACCUCCUGAUGACGUAUUGCUGCGCCCUGGCAGCCAUUUUGAUGAAUUACGAGUUUGAGACCAGCGCGUUGCGGCAGGACCUGGGCCUGGAUGAGAAACAGUUUGCGCAGUACUGGCGCGAGAUUGGAGGAAAGCUGGCCCACCCUGCUGGCAAGACCAAGGGCACCAAGAUGCAAGUUGCCAAGCUUGCCCUGCCUCUAGAGUUCCCCCAGGUCAGAUUUGUUUCACGUCGGAAAUAA